CUGGUGAAAGAAGUCUCCCGGCUGAGAGAUGGAGUCGGCGGCGGAGGAGUUGAUGCCGCGGCUCCUACCUGUGCAGGACUGCGACCUCUCGGAGGACUUCGACCCCACUGUGCCCCCCAGAACACCCCAGGAAUAUUUAAAGCGGGUCCAGAUUGAAGCUGCAAAAUGCCCUGAUGUUGUUGUGGCCCAGAUAGACCCCAAGAAAUUGAAAAAGAAGCAGACUGCGAAUAUUUCACUUUCAGGAUGUCAACCUGCCCCUGAAGGGUAUUCUCCAACUCUGAAAUGGCAACAGCAACAAGUGGCACACUUUUCAGCCAUUCGCCAGAGUGUGAACAAGCACAGGAAUCAUUGGAAGUCGCAACAUUUGGACAGUAAUGUAGCAAUCCCCGGAGUCGAGGACGAAGAAGGCUGGAAAAGGUUUUGUCUAGGUGAAAAGUCCUAUUUAGACACAGCUGUUGAAGUAUCCAGAGAUGAAGAUCAAGGAAUUGAUUAUGUACAAAUUGGCUUUCCUCCAUUGCUGAGUAUUGUUAGCAGAAUGAAUCAGGCAACGGUAACCAGCGUCUUGGAGUACCUGACAAACUGGCUUGCAGAGAAGAAAUUUACUCCAGAACUGGGCAGAUGGCUUUAUGCACUAUUGGCCUGUCUUGAAAAACCAUUGUUGCCAGAGGCUCACUCCCUCAUUCGGCAGUUGGCCAGACGAUGCUCUGAAGUGAGAGUCUUAGAAGAAAACAAGAAUGAUGAAAAAGUGUCUGCGCUGAACUUGUUAAUUUGUUUAGUUGGCAGGUAUUUUGACCAGCAUGAUCUGGCUGAUGAAGCAUCCUGACAUGUCUUGAAAGCAUAAACGCAUUGGAUGUCAUUGUUUCUAAGGCACUAUGCAAGCCAAUGUUAUCAGCUAGUGAAGAACAGCAGAGAUAUCCCAUCUUCCAGUGUGAUCUCCCUGAAUGGGGGGGGGGGGGAUUCUGUAGAAAAUGAAUAGUUGGAAUGUCUUUUUAGCAAGUGUGGCUGGAAAACUCAGCAUGGAAAAGGUCACCCAACACAGUGCCUAAACACUUUCUGAAGGACCCAUUUGCUUGCCAAACUCCUCCUUAUUCAAGCUACACCACGGAGCAAGACUGAUUCUGUCAUUGAAAACCCUGCAGGACUGAAUCUGGCUAGUGUAGUGUAAAUUUUUUAUAAUACUAUGUUUUUAUAAAUAAAGUUAUUCAAAAGAGUUUUAAUUUGUGAGUGUAUUGGUAUUGGCCCUUUGCAAUGCUUCAGGCCAUCUUAAAAUAGCCAAAUUUAGUUCAUAAAAUGGACGUAGCCGCUUUAGUAGAUGCUAGUAAGUUAGCUGGCAUUGAUCAUUCUCAAACACAUACUGAAAGCCUCUCCAACACACACUGCUUCCCACAAGCAGAAUCCCCCUUCUAUACUAGGAAUAGUAAAAUAAAAAUAACAUUCUAUGCAGAGAUUUAGCUUAGAUAUAUUCUACUUGUAUUUUCUUUUUUCAAACUUGAUCUGUGCCAGUCUGUAUUUGGUGGAAAGUUCAUUAGGAAUUUGCCUUCCUCUUCAUACCUAGCUGUUAUUCAUAGCUUCUUAUUCUUGAAAGCAAUUACUGCAACUCAUUCAGAAGUGCUCCAAGACCUUUCCUCAUGCAGCUAACACAUAGAUCAGCAGUAACCAACGUGGUGCUCUCCAGGUCCUGCCGUGGUGACACAUACUUCACUUAGCACAAGACUGAAGUACUGUAAUGUGCUCCACCUGGGCAUGCCUUUGAAAGCAUCUGGAAAUUCAGCUUGUGCAAAAUGUUGCAGGGAGAGUGCCGAGCAGGGCUGGGCCUUGAGAACAUCCAGGCUGAAUUCCAAGUGCUGGUCACCACCUUUAAAGCCAUAAGAGGAGUAUGGAACU